AUGACUACUGAAAAAUUCAAGCUGGGAUUCGCCCAUGUGGGCUCCAACAUCCACUAUGCUGGCCUGUCGUUUGGAUCCUCUGUCAAAAACAAAUUCACAGGCAAAAAUGACGUUUCGGUGGAUGAUGAUCUUAUCGCAGCCUUUGAACACGAUGUCAAGCAGAUCAUCACGGCUAUGAAGUUUCUCGAAAAACAAUCGCGCCACAUGGCAUUGAAAUUCUGGCCCUACUUUUUCAAGAAUGCCACCAACUCUGCAAUUUCCUUGCAGCAGUUGGUAGGCGAGGACUCGUUGACGUUUGAUGAUAUUCAGAUGUACUAUGACGAAUUUGACAGGUUGCAACUCACAUCAGAGACCGUGCUGGUGCAUCCUAAAGAGCGUCAGAUUGUCAUUCCAAGUAUCCAAUAUGAAAUUUCCAACUAUUUGGUCACGAUUGACCAAUUACAGACCAAAGUGGUACAUCUAGCAGAAUCCAAUGCCAAAUACUUGAAGUCUCGAAUAGAGGCACUCAUUACUCACUUGAAGCAUGUGCUCAAGGUAAUCAAGGCUAGAAAAUCUCACAGGGCCAAAUGCGACAAGUUAGAGUGGAAGACUGACCGAUUGACGAAGAAAAAGACGCCCUUGACCGAUGCGGAGCAGCGGGACCUUUCACGACUUGAAACGCAGCUCAGUUCCGCUAAAGCGCUCCACGACAAUAUCAGCGAUCGCUUAAAGAAAGUGAUUCCGGAGUGCUUGCUUUUGGUGGAGGAGUUCGUAGAGAGUUUGACUAAAUGGAUCAUUUGCAACCAGAGUAAAAUCUACCAAGAGAUCGAGAGAACCAUCCGGUACUUUGCAGUGUUUCAUGGUUAUGCCGACUCAGAGAAAGACGAAGCAGGCAAGUCCUACGAGAGAAUUAUUGACGAAUGGGAAACGUCAAACACUGCACUGAGAUUGCAGAUUGAAUCGUUCCUCAAGACCAUCUACGACAAAAACCCCCAGCUUUUGGAUGAAGAGGUAGACAACAACGAUAAGACGCUGAAAAUAUCAAAGGCUUGGACGCUGAUGGCUCAGAAAGUCACGGAAAAGCUGCAUAAAGUCAAACCACAGGAUACACAGAACGGAAUUUUCACCAACCAUACCAUGGCUGACCCAUUGCGCUCAUUCACCAACUAUUGUGAUGUGAGCAUGAAUGUGUCAGAGACCUACCACCCACAAAGGGUGCUUGAAUACUCUGAAGUGCAUCCAACAAUGCCUCACAUUCGGACACCUCCGCCUUUACCUCCAAGAAAUGAUAGUCGGAGUAUUCCGCUUCCUCUCAAUUCGCCAGCUGGGUCAAUCACACCUGUUAUUGGACUGGGAGCUUUUGCAGAUGUUGAUGCCAUCAAUUCUGAUUCGGAGAUUUCGUUGUUGUCUUCCAGUGACUCAGAAAGCGAAGGUACCACAGUGUCGGAAGUGUCCAGCAUAUUAUUGGCUGAUGAUGUCACCCCAGACAAGGCUGAGAGACAAAUUAUCAAGCUCUACAAUUUUUCAAAGAAUGAAAUCACUGAGGCUCCAUUGGACAUAUCUCUGUGGGUCAACUUGGAUAAGUACUCCAACCAUAACGAUGUGUUCGAUAACAAGAACACUAUCUCAUACAAAUUGCACGAGUUGAACCGGUUCUUCCAAAAGGCAUUGGACCACGCAAAGGAAUCCAGUGAUGGUCAAGAAAGAAAAAUUGUAGUUGCCAAAAGAGACUUUCGAGGGGUCCAGCCCGGUGACCUAUCCUUUUCUGUCGGGGACAAGGUUGAAGUUGUGUUCGACUUGCAAUCCGUAAGCGCAACCUACAACAAUGAUGGAAAAAACUGGUUUGUGGGUACAACUGGAGAUGUACCACACAGAAGGAUUGGAUUUGCUCCCAACACGUACUUCUAG